AAUUCUUCCUGCUCGCAGAGAAGUUCUCACUGGCGUACUUAAUUCCGAUUUGAUUGGGUUUCAUACGUACGAUUAUGCUCGUCAUUUCUUGUCUUCAUGUACUCGUAUCCUGGGCUUGUCGACAAUGCCAAACAGUGUAUACUAUGAAGGUAGACAUGUACAUGUUGGCACAUUUCCUAUAGGCAUUGAUCCGGAUAAGUUUGCCGAAGGUCUAAAAAAUACAAAUAUUCAAAAGCGCAUCAAAACUUUGGAAGAAAAGUUUAAAGGUGUUAAACUAAUUGUUGGAGUGGAUCGACUAGAUUAUAUAAAAGGUGUUCCGCACAAAUUUCAUGCUUUGGAAGUAUUCUUGAGCGAACAUCCGGAGUGGGUCGGCAAGGUUGUGCUUGUUCAAGUAGCUGUACCAUCUCGUCAGGAUGUUGAAGAAUACCAAAAUUUGCGCACUGUUGUCAACGAGUUAGUCGGUAGAAUUAAUGGCAAAUUUGGUACUGUAGAAUUUCAACCAAUUCACUUCUUGCACAAAUCUGUUUCAUUUGAAGAAUUGGUAGCAUUAUAUACUGUGUCAGACGUAUGCUUAGUUUCAUCAACAAGAGAUGGUAUGAAUCUCGUAUCUUAUGAGUAUGUUUCGUGUCAACAGGAUAGACAUGGUGUAUUAAUUCUCAGUGAGUUUGCUGGUGCUGCUCAGUCUAUGAAUGGUUCAAUCAUUGUAAAUCCUUGGAACAUUCAAGAACUUUCUAAUGCUAUUCAUGAGUCUGUCACAAUGCCGGAUCAUCUGCGAAAAUCAAAUCAUCAAAAAUUGUAUAGUUACGUUACCAAAUAUACUGCUGCUUAUUGGGGAACUAGUUUCGUUAGUGAACUAUUGCGCGUUAGUAAGGAAUUUAAUUCCUAUAUGAUCAUUCCACGUUUGAAAAUCAAUCAAGUUGUUGAAGCUGCAAAGGCCUCCAAAAAAAAGAGAAUCAUCCUAUUAGAUUAUGAUGGCACCUUGACUUCUACUCAUAAAUUGGCAGAAUAUGCAAACCCUUCAAGUCACAUUGUCUCUAUACUCAAAACUCUUCAAUCAAAACCUAACACGUAUGUCUACAUAUUGUCUGGUCGCGGUCGUACGCAUCUUGACCAAUGGUUUGGAUCGACAGGGAUUGGUUUGUCUUCUGAGCAUGGAUGCUUCUACAAACACCCGAAAUGUUUACAAGGAAAAGUAGAUCCGAUUUCAAACAGUUUAUCUGAAGGAAGGUUUAUUAAAGAAGAAAGUGAUGAAUGGUAUAGACUUGUAGAGCAAAUAGAUCCUACAUGGAAAGAGAAUGUUCAUAACUUGUUUGUGCAUUUUACGGAAAGAACACCAGGUACUUUUAUUGAAGAAAAAGAUAUAAAUUUAACUUGGCAUUAUCGCAACGCGGAUCUUGAGUUCGGUUCUUGGCAAGCUACAGAAUUACAAGUCAAUCUGGAAAAGCAUUUGUGUCAUAUGCCAUUAUCAAUUAUUUUGGGCAAUAAAACCUUAGAAGUACGGCCUUUAGCUGUUGAUAAAGCAACCGCAGUUCGAGCCAUUAUGAAAGAUCUACAACUCUCACAAGAUCAAGUAGACUUUGUACUUUGUGUCGGUGAUGGACAGACCGAUGAGCCGGUGUUUACCUUAUUGAAAGAACAUUUCCCCGAUUGUUUUACAAGUACUGUUGAAAAGAAACAAACAGAGGCUAAUUAUUACCUUGGGGAUGUUUCGGAAGUCCAACAAUUGAUAGAAAAAUUAGC